ACAGCAGACAUGGAGCUUUUCCUUCUCUUGGCUCUCUUUGGAGGAGCAGUUGCUCUGGGCGAAGAUGACAAGAUUGUUGGAGGCUAUGAGUGCAGGAAAAACUCUGUGCCGUAUCAGGUGUCACUCUUCACUGGCUACAACUUCUGCGGUGGGAUCCUGCUGUCGGACGAGUGGGUGCUCUCCGCUGCACACUGCAAGUCCAAGUCAGAUGUGGAGGUCCGGCUGGGCGAGCACAACAUCUUUGAGCCCGAUGGAACAGAGCAGCACAUUAUGUCUGCCGAGUUCAUCCGCCACCCCGACUACAACCCCCGGACGCAGGACGGCGACAUCAUGCUGAUCAGACUGAGCCGUCCGGCCGUCCUGAACAGCUACGUCCAGCCUGCUGCUCUCCCUUCAAAGUGUGCCGCUGACGGGACGCUGUGCCAGGUCUCUGGAUGGGGGAGUCUCCGUCCCAGUAACGAAGGAUCGAGAUACCCACAUGAGCUGCAGUGCCUGCAGGUCCCUCUCCUGGACGAGGACACCUGCUUCAAUGCGUAUCCUUUCCAAAUCACUGACAACAUGAUCUGUGCUGGAUAUCUGGAGGGAGGGAAGGACUCUUGUCAGGGCGACUCUGGCGGUCCCUUGGUGUGUGAGGGAGAGAUCCAGGGAGUCGUGUCUUGGGGCCAUGGCUGUGCUCUGAGGAAAAAACCUGGCGUCUACACCAAAGUCUGCAAUUAUGUCUCCUGGAUCCAGAACACCAUGGCUUCAGGCUGA